GUUAUUUAUUUACUCCUAUCAUUGCGCUCUUGGUUUACUCCUACUUUGGAACGUAUUUUCUCAGAGAGAAUAAGACAACGAGUAGCCAAGCUGUCUGCUCCAGAAGACUCGGCGCGGGCUGCAUCACGGCCCAGGAAUCGUUCGUUAAAGAAGUCCGCAGCGGUGCAAGAUGAUGAACCGUCCUUGUUGGAUAUGGGACGGCGAGCUGCCUCAUUCGAGACAUGUCAGUCGUCCACAGUCAAAGCUUCCCCUUCACUGCGGCCGGCAUCGUUCGAUUCGCGAAUGUCGGCGUUCUCUCCGGUGGACGUGCCACGGUUGCUUGUCCACUCGCCCGCAUCGCCUCUUGCUAUGGAGCCGCCGCCGCAUGCAACCGACAGUCGUCUACUGACCGUACCCUCGCCGGACUAUCGAAAGAUGUCUUGUGAUUCACCGAAAGCCAGCGACUACAUUACAAUGGGCUUAGCUCCAGCCAUUCUCGGUCAGUUGACGGCAAUUGCGUCGACGAUGAUGACACCCAGUACGAUGGAGGAAACCAAACCGCCGCAAGUUCAAAGCAUGGAUUGUACUGCGUCACUCGAGCAGAUUACCUCAUCAUCCCUUGAUCUCCCUCUACCUCCGAGCAUAGGCCAGGAACAGGUACAACUGCCCCAGGCGUCUGCCGAGCUGCUAGCACAAAUGCCAGCUAAGUCUGUAAUACAGGACGACAUUCGCAGUGGUAACGGCAGGUUUCAACUAGUGCGCAAGCGUGGUCGUAGCGAAGUCUGGAAUCUCUUUGGACAGGUCAGCUGUUCUUCGUUACUGAAGCAAGGACUUAGUGCUUUGUUGUCUUGCUGA